AUGCAACGUGUGCAAAACGCUGCUGCCAGCUGGCCCAGCUUCGUCACCAAUCGUUAUUGUUCUGGAAAAGAUGUCUUACAGCUUGGAUGGCUUCCAACCUUGGAGAGGACUCAAUUAAACCUCCUCAAGCAUACUCACCGAGCAAUCUACAACAAGGCCUCUUGGCCUGAGUAUUUAACCCUGGAAGUAUAUAACCCUGGAAGAACGCCACGCUCUAAUGCAGCACCACGAUUGUCGAUUCCAUUAAUAAAAGGUACUUUUCAGGAGACUACAGCGAACUUAUUCAAUGAUCUUCCCCCAGAAGUCCCAGAA